GGACCUUUUUUUUUUUUUUUUUUUUUUUUCCUCAGCAGCUCGUUAGCUGUUAGCUGCUUUUUCCUUUCAGCUCCUCGGGUGGGAUGGAGCGCAAAAUAGGACUCCGCCGAACUGACGUUUGCCACCUGGAGUGAACGCUUGUGCCGCUUCGACUUUCAGGCAAUUCAUGUUCACUGCAAGACCGUUGCCUCCCAACAACUGUCAUGCCUUAUGGGAUAUUCACCCCCCACCAGCGACAGUGGAGCCGGAUUCAUGUUUUCGACAAUUAGCCUCUUUCACCUUUUUGACCAUCACAACCAUCCGCCAACAAUCCUUUUUUUCCUUUCCUUCCCUUCCUCCCUCCAAGAGCCUGAUCCCCUACAAUGAGGUUCCGGAUCUACAAAAGAAAAGUGGUGAUACUGACUGUGGUGGUGGUCAUCUGCGGCUUGGCCUUCUGGACCAGCGGACGGCAGAAGAAGAACGAGCCUUUCCCCAAGGAAGCGGUACCAGUGGUGAGGAAGGAUACCGGCGCUAGUACCAGUAGAAGUAGCCUUGACGACCAUAUCCAAGUGCAAGCCACGCCCGCCGUGAGCCGGGCUCCUGUUGCGGCCCUGAACCAGACACACACGGAAAGAAUAAAAGAGAGAGAAAACAAAGUCAAGCCCAAUGUGGAUAAUACAACUCUCGUCUACCGCGGCAUCGUCUUCCAGCUCAACUUUGACCAGACGAUAAGAAACGAGGAAAAGUUUAAGGGGGUGCGGCAGGAUGACCUGGUUGUGGUGGUCCAGGUCCACAACCGGCCAGAUUAUCUGAAGCUGCUGGUGGACAGCUUGCGCAAGGCCCGCGGCGUGGAAACCAUACUGCUGAUAUUCAGCCACGACUACUGGUCCCCCGAGAUUAACAAAGUGGUCAACUCGGUGGACUUUUGCCAGGUCUUGCAGAUUUUCUUCCCUUUCAGCAUACAGCUGUACCCACAGGAGUUUCCGGGCAAUGACCCUCGGGACUGCCCGCGGGACAUUCCCAAAAAGGAAGCCUUAAAGCUGGGCUGCAUUAAUGCAGAGUACCCAGACUCAUUCGGCCACUACCGCGAGGCCAAGUUCUCCCAGACCAAGCACCACUGGUGGUGGAAGUUGCACUUUACAUGGGAUCGAGUGCACGUCCUCCAGGACCACAAAGGUCUGGUUCUUCUGAUCGAGGAAGACCACUUCCUGUCCCCGGAUUUUAUCCACCUGCUGAGGCUGAUGUCGGCGCUAAAACAUGAGCAGUGCCGCGACUGCGACAUCCUGUCGCUGGGCAGCUACAGCCACGUCGGCUACUCAAGUAAAGCCAACAAGGUGGAGGUGAAGGCCUGGAAGUCCACCGAGCACAACAUGGGCAUGGCCCUGAGUCGGGACACCUACCAGAAGCUCCUUCGCUGCACGGACACAUUCUGCACCUACGACGACUACAACUGGGACUGGUCCCUUCAGCACCUGACUGCGUCCUGCCUGCCUUCCUACUGGAAGGUAAUGGUGAGCGAGGCGCCCCGCGUCUUCCACGCCGGCGACUGCGGCAUGCACCACAAAAAGGUCACCUGCAUGCCGGCGAGCCAGAAGACCAAGAUCGAGAACAUCCUGCAGAGCAGCAGCAAACAGCUGUUCCCCAAGAACCUCCUGAUCACCAAGAGACUGCCGUCCAACGGGGCCGGAGGGGUGGCCCCGCAUGUGAAGAACGGGGGCUGGGGAGAUAUCAGGGACCACGAACUCUGCAAGAGCUAUGUUCGAUUACAGUGACCUUACAGUGAUUACUAUAUUCUAUAUUAUUGUCUCUUUUGCAUCGUCUAUCAAGAAGAAAGCCUUUUCAAACUAAAAUCUUUAUGGACUUUUCUUCUUAUUGCCUGUUUUAAUUGACUGUUCUAAAAAAAAUAAUAAUAAAGAUGAAUGUUGCGAGUUUUGGCUCAUGAAAAAUCAAGUUGCUUUGUUUACUUUGGGAGGCGCUAAUAUAUAUUUCAAAACAAUCUACCCGACCAUGGGUCACCAACCUUUUUGAAACAGAGCUUGAAAUAAAUUUGCUCUACUUACCUUUAGUUAUUAAUAAUGAAUGCCGUGACCUUAGUGAGGAUAAGUGGUACAGAAAACUAAUCUAUGUGUUGAAACAUAUCAAUAUAAAACACUUUAUUUCUAUAAAUCUCUGCAAGAACUUUUUCAAAUGAUCACUUCGAAAACAACCCCAACAAUGUCCCAUCACUGAGCUAUUUUAGAACAGGCUAUGCGGCCCACUACCAGUAUGCGGUGCUUGGGGGCCACUCCGUACCUGCGAGAACCCUUUUGGUGACCCCGGUCUUGACAAAUAAACUCAGCAGGUCGUCAAGAUUGGAAAGCAGUCUAAAUAGUUUUUACAGAUAAUGCAGUUCUGAUGGCUUCAUGGAGCUGCGAGCUCCAACUCUCGCUGAAAUGGUUCGCAGUUGAGUGUGAAGCGGCUGGGAUGGAAAUCAGCACCUCCAAAUCUGAGAUGUAUCGGGUCCUCAGUCAGACAAGGGUGGAGUGCCCUCUCUGGGUCAGGGAGAAGAUCCUGCCCCAAGAGGAGGAGUUCAAGUAUCUCUGGGUCUUGUUCACAAGUGAGAGAAGAAAGGAGCGGGAGAUCGACAGGCGGAUCGGUGCAAUGUCUGCAGUGAUGCGGACUCUCGAUUUACCGGUCGAUCUGAAUUCCUGCCCUCACCUAUGGUCACGAGCUGGGGGUCAUGGCCGAAAGAACAAGAUCGCAGAUACAAGCGGCUGAAAUGAGUUUCCUCUACAGGGUGUCUGGACUCUCCCUUGAAAAUAGAAUACGAAGCAGAUGAGGUGGCUCGGGCAUCUGAUUAGAAUGCCUCCCGGACGCCUCCCUGGUGAGGUGUUCCGGGCACGACCCACCAGGAGGCGGCCCCGGGAACGACCCAGGACACACUUGAGAGACUGCAUCUCUCGGCUGGCCUGGCAACACCUCGGCAUCCACCCGGAUGAUCUGGACAAAGUGGCUGGGGAGAGGGAAGUCUGGGCUUCCCUGCUUUUAAGAUGAUGCCCCCGUGACCCGACCUCAGAGAAGCGGAGGAAAUGGAUGGAUGCCUGAUAUUUUUUUUAUUAAAAAAUAACAAUUUGA